AUGAAAAGCACCCCCGCGCCCUGUCCGCCCUACCCCCCGGGCAGCACAUUAGGCCGGCCGGGUGGUCUGACGGGACACGUAGAGCACAAGACGGCCACCACACCACUCGCCCCCGCACUGCCACCCUGCCCUACCCUGCCCUGCCCUGCCCGGUCUGUCCCUGCAAACAUCGAGAACAGAACAGCGAACAGCGGCGGUGUUCUAUCGAUUGGGCCGCGGGCUAGAGCACGGAGAGAUAAGGACGAGAGGACGGGAAGGGAGGACAGGAGAUAUCUGUGGCUAGCGGAGGACGGGGGACGGCUGACAGCCCGCCUCGUGUCGCGGCUCACAGUGAGGACGGCUCAAUAUGUCCACCGUCACCUCGCCGUCCGCUGCCCGCUCGCUAGUCACACAGCCAGCCACACCGAGCGAAUAUCGACUUGUAAGGGCCCCGCUAACCGCGAGCGAGGGCGGAAAUGCCGGGCCGGACAGCGCCAGUGCGUGUCCAUGUCGCGGUAUUCUACCCUCACCACUGCCCGCUCCGCGCCACUUCGGCGAACCCUGGCCCUCUUGUCUCAGCUCGGACGUCUUGUCCGUAAUAAUCCAUCUACCUGGUUUUUCCAUUUCACCAUCACCAUUGUCGUCGCCUUCCGCGUCGCUGCCAGCCUGAUAUCGCUGUCGCCGCGUCGCGCACCCGUCUGCCUGCCCUGGCCAGAAAAAGUGGUGUCGGGCAAGACUGUGUUACAACAACAAGCUGGCCACUGCUUCGAAAUGAGCAUCCUGCUGACCAGUUACCUGAUAGCUGCUGGUUACGAUGCUUACGUGGUCUCUGGCUACGCUACCAAGGACUACUGCCAGAACAACCUCACUCGCACUGUCUGCCCCGAUAUCCCGGACAUAUCCGAGAAAGUUGUGGUGGAGGAGCCCCCACCCCCGGGAAAGUACACAGUGCGAGAGCCGAGAGAUCUGCGUAGCAAGUUCAUUCUGAUGAUGGAACAGAGAGUCAAGGAUAAAGAGGAGGAGGAGCGACUACAGUGGGAGGAGGAGGAGAGGAAGAGGAUUGAGGAACUUGAGAAACCACCACAUGACCCCCUGUACUGGUGGGGUAUUCACAGCUGGGUGGCUGUACUACCCAGUCCCAACAAGUCUGAUGUAGAGCAGGUGUUUUUCAUACAGCCAGGUUCUGGGGUGGAAUCCGGUCCUGCCGACCCUCUCUACUUGGGCAUUGAGAGCCUGUGGAACCAUCGCAAUUAUUGGGUCAAUGUGCAGAACUGCAGUGGCUGUAAGGAUCUGCAGUUUGAGCUACGAGACACAUCGUGUUGGCAACACCUGUUGCCUGGUGAGCCAUGGGAGUGGCAAGAGAUCUCCAGAGAUAUGGAUCUAGACCAGAAGGACACAAUCCUGCUGGAGAAACACCUGGACAUGCCUGCAUCUUGGGUCCAGCGACUGCAUAUCCCUCACGACCGAUAUGAGCAGCGGUAUCCUCUAGGCCAGAAGAGCACCUACUACAAGAAGGCGUUGGUAGAGAAGUUUGCUCCAUACCUGCACGACGAUGGGCUGGUCUGCAGAGUAACCACAUAUGAGGAUUAUGAGUGCCAGGAGCCACAGGUGGAAUACCAGAUGUUCCAAAACAGGGAGGACUGUCUGUUCCGCUCCAUCCGGUAUUUUCAGCCAGAGACGAUCAUUGAUGAGUAUGAGAAGGGCAGGGAAGAUGCACUUAUGAGACAAACACGAUACACAGAGGAGAGCAGGCGGGUGAUGGAAUUCUUCCAGCAGGUACGCCAUGACAGUCUUAAAACUCUGACUCUCACACCGGUGUCUCUGGAGGAGCAGUUUGAGAGCCGAGAGGACCGACUGUACCAUCGCUUUGUAACCUUUGACCCUCGCACCCGUGCCCUCAACAAGUGGUCCAUCACCGAUGGCACCAUCCGUCGAACUGUUACUAAAAUUAUCGAGAAGUUCCAUCGCAACGAAGAGCUCGUGGCGGACAGAGACAUUGCAAGACGAGAGUUUGACAUAACAAACGAAGAGAUUAAUAUAAACUACCACUACGCAGAGGGGAAAAUCACAGCAGGGACACGGUACUUCGUCAAGCCCCCACUUGCUGACCAGGGCGACCGACUCAAGUUUGACAGCAAAAUGACUUCAGGUUAUGUGGUGGACACAGCUGCUCCUCCCCAGAAGAAGGUUGAACUGUUCUGGCUGCUGGAGGCUUGUCUCAAAGCAGAACGUGAUGCUCUCAAGCACAUUCGUGACAUGGAAGAUGAGAUUUUGUCAAUACUCCGUAGUUUGGCACUGGAAACUGCUGAACCAAAACUAAAAAUAUCAAUCUUUGAUGAGGAAAGGAACAAUGCAGCGAAGCAAGGGAUGAAGAGAUGUGAGCAACAGCUGAAGGAGCAGACAGUUCGAGAAGUAGAGGCAGAGACAGACUAUCUAGCUGUGUAUCUGGUGCAGUUUGCCAACAAACCCCUGUCCCAUCAGAACAUCAUGGAGGUGCGACAAUAUUGCCUCAAUGAGUACAAGCAGCUGCUUGUCGACAGAGCCAACAAGAUGCAGUUCAAUUUUGAUAAGUUAACUGAAGAGCUACAAGCGAAGCACCAGUGGUACGAGAACCUGGGAACACAUGUGACCAACGAGCAAGAGGAGUCAUACUUGGAAGACGUUCGCAGACUUGCGUUUCAGCUGCACGCACUGGAGUUGCGACUGUUGCGACAUAGGGACUUGGCUGCUGAGAGGUACGCAGCACUGGAUCUGUGGCUGUGUCAUGAUCCACGACUCGCUGCACUCAACUUGGACUGCUCUCGAUCUUGAUUGUCAACUGGAUUUCAUUAUUAUUGUAUGACAAACAUUUUGAUUUAAAGAUACUUUGAAAUAAAAUUUUUGCAGCUCUUUUA